AUGGACCAAUCUUCUCUAAUUGCAACGUUGACCGCGGCUGGUGUCUUGACGGCCACUGCUGCAUGGUCGUAUCUUGCUCAACCGAACAAAUACCAUCCCGGUCCUACACCCUUACCCGUCUUCGGGAAUCUGCACCAGAUUCCACGAGAAUUACCAUGGGUGACGUACAAGGAAUGGUCAAAGACAUAUGGACCAUGUGUACACUUGGAGAUUGUUGGAAAGCAUAUCCUCAUUCUGAACGAUGCCAAAGAUGCAGAAGAGCUCUUGACGAAACGUGCUCUUAAUACUGCUGAGAGACCUCACUUGGUUAUGGCGGGAGAUCUGGUGGGAUUUGGACGAGGUCUCGCCUUGAUGCCCUACGAUCAAGAUGCAAAAGAGACCCGCAAACUAAUCCAUCUCACUGUCGGUGCAAAGGGAUUAUCAGCUCACUAUAAUCUUCUCGAGUCGGAGACGAUACGGUUCCUUCGCGGACUCCGAGAAUCCCCUCAAGAUUUUAUCGACCAUCUCUCAUAUUCUGCGGGUGCAAUCAUCCUCAAAAUUGCCUAUGGCUACGAUGUCUUGCCGAAGGAAGAUCCUUUGGUAGCGUUGGCAGCUGAUGCUCUGGACAAGUUUUCUAGAACAACACUCCUUGGUGAAUUUCCUGUCGAUAUAUUCCCUAUUCUCCAAUACGUACCAUCAUGGUUCCCAGGCGUACAGUUCAAAAAGCUGGCAGAGGAAUGGCGCCCCAUUGGAAAGGACCUGUUCAACAAGCCCUUCGACUUUGUAAAGGAUCAAAUCCGACAAGGCAACACCACCGACUCGUUUGCAUCUAGGCAUUUGGAGGCUCUCUCCGAGUGGAACGACGAUGUGAUUGGAAGUCGCGCAGAAAUCAUCAAGUCUACGGCAACCUCGCUCUAUGCUGGAGCCGCAGACACUACAGUAUCUGCGAUGCGCUCGUUCUUCUUGGCGAUGACAAUCUAUCAAGACAUUCAAUCUAAAGCGCAACAGGAGAUUGAUACAGUCGUCGGCCGCGGCCGCCUUCCAACGCUCGCCGACCGACCAAACCUUCCAUACUGCGAGAGCCUGGUGAAAGAGGUUCUUCGAUGGGGUGUUGUUGGUCCCCUUGGAAUACCCCAUGUCACCAAAGCGGACGAAACGUAUCAAGACCGCCUUAUCCCAAAGGGUACAGUCAUCGUUGCCAACAUAUGGGCAAUGCUUCACGAUGAAACUCAAUACCCAGAUCCAUUCAUAUUCAAUCCAGACCGCCAUCUCGGAGAGUCUGCGCAGCCGGAUCCGACCCGCUUUGUCUUUGGCUGGGGGACUCGUGCUUGCCCCGGCUCACGAAUGGCAACGGCGAGCAUGUUCCUUAGCGUGACUAACACCCUCUCGUUGUUCAACAUCCUUCGCGUCCGGGAUCAACGUGGACAGGAGAUUAUUCCCGAAGCAGAAUUUGUCACGGGCACCAUCAGUCACCCGAAGCCGUUUCAAUGUGAAAUUGUUCCCCGACAAGACGCAAAGCUCAACCUCCUCGACGAGUAG